AUGACCAUAUCCGAGCAUACAAUAGUCAUGCUGGACCCUUCUGAAGAAGCCCAACUGUGCUCGGCCCUCUCGGUGAACAACCUGUUUCUCCGUGAAGAAGAACGCGUAACGGGCAUCGCUGGUAUCUUGAAAGAUAACCUUAGAAGAGCAAGCACCGUACCCUUGAUUCCAAAUGCUGAAGGGAUCUUCCAAGAAGCCAACACCGUCCAAGGAAUUUACACACCUCAGUGA